CGAGCCAGGCACUCGGGGAGCGGCCUCGGAGAAGGGGAGAUGCCGGCAGCCCCCCGCGCCCGCCCCCCCACUGCCCCGGCAACGCGCUCCGUCCUCUCCCGCUCUGCUUCCCCGCGCUUCCCGGGAGGGCGACUCUUCCAGGCAGGACCGGGGGCCUUCUCCUCACCAGGUGCCUCUCUCCUCUGGCUCUGCACCCCGGAGAUGGCAGCACCCAAGGUUGCAGUGGUUGGCGCAGGAGUUAUCGGCCUGUCCACAGCACUGUGCAUCGCAGAGACUUGCCCCAGCUGCUCCGUGAUGGUCCUUUCAGACCAGUUCAGCCCCAACACAACGAGUGACGUCGCAGCUGGGAUGCUCAUCCCUCACACCUACCCAGGCACACCGAUUCACGUGCAGAAGCAGUGGUUCAAAGAGACCUUCACUUACCUUUUUGCCAUCAGCAACUCAGCUGAGGCGUCAGAGGCUGGCAUUCACCUGGUCUCCGGGUGGCAGGUCUUUAAAAACACUCCCAAGGAAGAGUUACCUUUCUGGUCGGAUGUCGUCCUGGGAUUUCGACCAAUGUCCGAAGCAGAACUCCAAAAGUUUCCGCAGCACCGAUUUGGUCAGGCCUUUACGACACUGAAAUGUGACUGUCCACCCUACCUGCUGUGGCUGGAGAAAAGGUUGAAAGCAACUGGCGUCCAGAUGUACACCAGAAAAGUCGCAGACCUGUGGGAGCUGCACAGCGAAUAUAACAUCGUCGUCAACUGCACGGGCAUUGGAGCCCACCAGCUGGUGGGGGACGAGAAGCUCUUUCCUGUCAGGGGACAAGUACUCAAGGCUCAUGCUCCUUGGGUGAAAAACUUCAUCCGGGAUGGCGAUGGCUUAACUUACAUCUACCCGGGGAUACACAGGGUAACCCUAGGGGGAACCAGGGAAAAGGAGAGCUGGAGUCUCUCCCCUGAUCCUGGCGCUACCAAAGGCAUCUUUGACAGAUGCUGCUCCCUUGAGCCCUCACUGCGGGGAGCUCAGGAUAUCAAGGUGAAGGUGGGCCUGAGGCCAUCCAGGCAGUGCGUGAGACUGCAGAGAGAGGUCUUGAGCCAAGGAGGAGUUAAGCUCCCGGUGGUCCACAACUAUGGGCACGGGGCAGGUGGCUUUUCAGUGCACAGGGGCACAGCCAAAGAGGCUGCUCGCCUGGUGGGAGAGUGCAUUGCUGCCCUGCAAGGCUCCUCAUCGAGGGCCAAGCUUUGAAUGCCAGAGGCUCCUUUUCCAUUUACGACAGGCUAGUGUUGCAUCUCCUAGUAGCAGCUUUGGACUUUUACUCCAUUACUGGAUAGAAGGAACCUAAGACAACAGCUUGUGCCAUUGCAGAUGCUCGGUGGUAUCUCACCUGGCUUCCAGCUGCCACCUAGGAAAGGCAUGAUGGGUUGAUCCAAGUAUUAUUCCAGCUGUCCUUCUCCUCCAUCUGGCAUUGUUUCUGCCCUGGGCAUUUCUCCUAGCCUCAUGUUAAGGAGAAGGCAAGAUGUAUAAGUAUUCUUCACAUAACAGGGAUCAGAUUGCUGCAGUAUAAUAUCAAUAACAUCAGUUUAGCAUUUCUUCAUCUGCAUCUAAAGGGUAUCAAAUGCACUAGGUUCAGAUUCAGUAAAAACUAGUUCUCUCCUCUUGUACCAAAUCUAAUCUAGUAUUGCCCAUGCUCCUGCCAUCUUGCUAACAAACUUCACCAUUUUCCAUGUGAUUUACAAGGAAAAGAAAAUGCCACGCAGUGCUGCAUUACAGUGCUCCGGGUCAGCUCUUACAGAAAGCAAUGUCAGGUCACUGUCAUGCACAGUGACCAGGCAAGUGUGAUUUUAAGAGCAGGUCUGUGACACCGAUCACUGCAUUUGCUCAUAUUACACCUUAACACCAAGUUUCUGCGAGAGGAGGUUGCCCCAUAUGAGCUACAGUUUUGUGCAUCUUUUCUCACACUUGUUUGCAAAUCUCUUUUUCUCCAAGCCCCUCAGAUUUUGCUCUCAGACACAGAUGAUUCCCCCCCCCCAAUAGGAGCAUUGACAUGGCCUGUGUUCUACAGAAGAGGGUUUUUCAGGGUGGGCUUGGGAGUGCAAGCAUCUCUCUUCUACUUCACAUCAGCACUGUCUGCUUUCCUUGCAACAGCUGAUGUGAAUAAAUCGGUGACAAACCAACAAGGAUCUUAACACCAGCUUCAGUUUCAUAAGGGAGAGAAGAGCCAGUUAAGACUAGAUAAACACUCUAAAGACGAAUUUGUCUGUAACUGGACAUGAGCAAGCUCCUCUGCCGUAAGGAAGCUGAGCCACUGACGCCCAAACCCUCACUCCGUGGCAGAGGCUGAGCUGGGCUUUACACUCCCCUCAGCAAUUCAAGCCCUUUGAUGUGGCUGAAGAUAGUCACUCCCCAAAAUUGGAGCUUACCAUCGAAGUACAGGUCUGACAGUGAUUAAACCACUCAUUAGAUCUUAAAUGGCUCAUUCAAAAGCGUUAGCAUCCACUUUUGACUAGUUUUUUGUCCUUGCAAAACAAAUCAAAAUCCUUCAAGAAUUCACACGAUUAAAAUGAACUGAUAAAUAAAGUUCUAAUAACGGAGCAAAGGUC